GGUACAGUAACUGGUGCUACUGCUAGGACGAAAACUAAUUUUUAUCUAUUCAUGAUAUCCAAAAACAAAAUACUCAUCCAGUUUCCUCAUAACUAACUUUCAGUUUCAGUAAGAUUUAACUUACUAAGUUAGCUUCUUAAGUUCUUACCUAAGGGUAGACUAGGAUUUUACAUCGUAUAACGGUGUAUAGAGAAAUGUUGAAGUUUGAACACAAGUCUAAAGAAGUUAUAAUUUCGUUUAUACGUCAUUGGUUAGGCCACAUUCGGGAUAUUGUGUUCAGUCUUGGGCUGCUUACUUUAGGAAGGGCGUUGAAUUUCUGUCUUGGACUUGGAGCAACUCGGUAGCUUGAGAAAGAGUGGAUUGCAAUGAGAGCAGUGUCAUUUGUUGAUCGUAUUCAAUUUCAGUUCAAUGGAAAUAUUUGUAAAGAUGCCAUAGCCCUGGCAGAUGUUGACAAUGAUGGGUGUCAUGAACUCACAGUAGGAAAUGUUCAAGGAGACUUGGCAAUUUUCAGAGAAACCGCCAACUGGCCAUGGGCUGUUGCAAGUGAUUUAGGAAUGAUUUCUUCUAUUACUGUUGGAGAUGUCGUGAAUGAAAAGAAGAAUUUCCUUAUAUGUAUAAGUGGGGAAGGAUGGUGUAAUAUCUUCAAUGUGCCACCGAAAAGAGAUUUUCCUCAGGAAGAACAGAAAAAAAAACUGCAGCCAUUUCAUACACAGCGAAUUCCAGCCAAUACAAAAUCUUGUCUGCUAGCUGACAUUGAUGGUGAUGGAGAAGUUGAAUUGGUGAUUUGUCUGACAGACAGAGUCUUGCGAACAUAUCGUUGGGUGAAGUUACCCCAUAGCUCAUCUUCAGAUUUUAAAGGAAAAUUGGUAGGACUUCAUAAAUGGGAAUUCCCAAAUCAGAUAGGUGGUAUUUCUAUAAAUACAACACCAGAAGGAAGCACUUUUCUUCUAGCAGCACAACCUGGUGGUUCAUAUGUAAAACUAGAAUGUUCAGCCUCACUUCUAGACACUGCUGAUGAAAAUUUAGAGAACAGUUCUAUAGCAUCAAAACUAACUCCUGAAUGCCAUCCUCUGGCUUCCUGUCGUACACAAAAUCCAAGCAUCUCUUGUGAAAUAAUUGGUGGAGUUUGUGGCACCCGUGACGGCCAACAUGUGACAUCUCUUCUAUCUAUUGCUACCCUUGAUGGUACGCUGAUGCUGGUGGACCAAGAUGAAAUUUUGUGGGCAUUGCAGGUUGACCACCAGUUGUUUUGUCUAACUAAACUAGAUAUUAUUAGAGAUGGAAAAGAAGAAAUCAUUGCCUGUGCCUGGGAUGGACAAACAUACAUAGUUAAUCAAGAUUGUCAAUCAGUCAGAUUCCAUUUUGAAGAACCAGUUUGCACUUUUACAGCAGGAUAUUACAGUAUAUCUUUAAACCAGACAGUUCCAUGUUUUGUGUAUGCAACAUUCAGUAACAGAUUGUAUCUGUAUCAUGGUGUUCAGUUGCCUGCUAUAAGAACCACAAAUUUAUUUGAAGUUAUGAAACAAGAUCCUGAACAAGAAACAAUGUUAAACUUACUUGAUAUUGACAAAACCAAUAUUUCUUCUCAGCAAGCAUUGUAUCAUUGGUGUCUGUAUGGUGAACCUACAGAGUUAAACACUGAAGUGAAGGAAGAAGGAAACAUUACCUGAAGAGAGAUCAUUAGCAUUAUUAUGAUAGGAUUAGUUUUUUAUCCUAUGUUUUUCAGAUACAUGUUGAAACUGUUAUUUUGUGAUUAUGUAUCUUAAGGUAUACUAGUGUCAAUAUACAACAUUUUGAUUUCUUUCAUUUCAACUGAUUUAAUAAAGCAGAGUAAAUCGUUUAAAAAUAAAGAAAUGUAUAUAGAGAUUGAA